AUGUCGUGUCAAAGAGAAUUUAAGAGUGGGGAGCGAGAUGCCCUCAAAGGGUUUCCCUUUUGCAGUGAGCGUACUGUGAAAAUGGUGAGACAGAAGAUUCAGAUCAAGAAGAUUGAUAACUUGACGGCACGCCAAGUGACCUUUUCAAAGAGAAGAAGAGGUGUUUUUAAAAAGGCUCAAGAACUCUCUACUCUUUGUGAUGCUGAGAUUGCCCUAAUUGUUUUUUCUGCCACUGGAAAACUCUUCCAUUAUUCUAGCUCAAGCAUGAUGCAACUAAUUGAAAGGCAUAGAGGGCACACAGAAAACUCAGACAAAUUAGGAUCACAACCAUCUCUCCAACUUCCGGAAAAUAACAGCUAUGGCAUGCUCAGCAAGAUACUUGUGGACAAGACUCGUGAGUUGAGGCAACUCAAGGGAGAAGAUCUCCAUGGACUUGACAUGGAAGAGUUGAUCAGACUAGAGAAGAUGGUACUGGGAGGACUAAACCAUGUCGUUGAUGCAAAGAAUGACAAGUUUUUGAAAGAGAUCAGUUUGCGCAAGAAAAAGGCAUCUGAACUAAUGGAAGAAAAUGCUAAGUUGAAGCUGCAAGCCGAAAAAUCUGAAGCCACUGGAAAUGGUAUUGAGCAAAGCAAUUCAUCCGAGUGCAUCACCAAUAUUUCUCACGGCUCUGAUACUUCCCUGAGGCUGGGCUUACCUUUCACCUACUGA